AUGCCGGCGCCAAAUAACAAGCAGCUCACGAUCGCCUAUGCUGCUGGUGCAUCCCUCGCUGCUGUAACCCUCGUCUAUGUUUUUGGCCCUACAUGGUUUAUCGAUUCAAACCCUUCCUCAUCACAGCGGAAGAAGGGAGUGGUGGGUCUUGUCAACACAGCCAAUGACUGCUUUAUAAAUUCAAUUCUACAAUCCCUUGCAGGACUAGGAGAGCUCAGGGCAUAUUUGGUCAGACGGACAAGGGCGGCAAAGGCCAACGGGGAAUUUAUCGAGGGUGAUGAAAAACCGUUUCUGACCGCAGCUUUAAAAGAUAUAUUAGAUGGUCUUAACGAGAGGCCAUUAUAUAGGAAGACGUUAUCUGCACGACCUUUUUUGACUGUUCUAGAGAGAGUAUUCCGGCAGAGGAUUUCCCGCAGCCAACAGGACGCCCACGAAUUCUUGCAGGUUGUUGCCGAGACAAUAGCGGAGGAAUAUCAUAAGCAGAAAAAGUCAGUGAAAGCAGCAAAAAGAGUAGUGAAGGAAAAGGAUUUAGAGGACGAAAAGGCUCACGAGGAGGAGGAAGAGGCGGAGGAGAGAAAUAUUCUCCUCAAUGUGGGUGAGGCUGAUGGGGAGAAAGUAGAAGAGGAAGAGGAUGGGGUCAUCAUUAAUGUGGAACAUUCGGAUUCAAAUUUAGAUGACGAGACAGAAGACGAAGCCGGGAUGCCACUUGAGGGGAAAGUUGAAUCGGAGAUAGAGUGUCAGAAAUGCCACUUCAAGCCAAAACCUACAGUUUCCACAUUCGUCGUUUUGACAUUACCGGUUCCUCAAAAGAGUAGUACAACCCUCUCAGACUGCAUUAAGGGUGUUCUCUCCACAGAGUACAUAGACGAUUUCCAAUGCGCAAAAUGCAGACUUGAACAUGCCAUAGCAACCCUAACCCGUAAAAUUGCAAGUACACCUGUCACAAAGCAAGAAAAGAUUCAAGAGAUAAUCGACACUCUCCGACAAACUCUUGAAAAAGAUCCUGAAAAAAUUCCUGAGGGAAUCGAUAUACCACCAUCUUCCUCGGCCCCCAAAUCCCGUAUAGCUCGUAGGACCCGCAUGUCGUCCCACCCCCGAAUUCUCGCUCUCCAUCUCUCCCGCUCUAUCUACGAGGGUUAUUCAUCGUCGAGAAAGAAUAGUGCUCGGGUUUCAUUCCCAGAAACCUUGCAGAUGGGCGGUAUCAUGGAGAAGCAUGAAUAUAAACUUCUCUGCAUGGUGACACACAAGGGCGGCCACGAGAGUGGGCAUUAUGAAUGCUUUAGGAGGCAGAUUGUGUCCCCGCCGCCCUAUUCCACACCUACGCCCACACUUGCACCUUCUACCCCUGCAGCAAGUGGUCAAGCGUCACCGAUUGGUGGUUCGACUCCAGGAUCCACCGUUCGAUUGGUAGACCCAAGGGAACCGGGCGUAGACUCCCCUUCCUUAUCACCUUAUGCUGCAUCGUCCAAUAUUCUACCCUCGGAUGCAUCGUCCAAUUUAUCAAGCUCGGAUUCAAAAUCUACACCGUCCCCUUCUCUGUUGACACCCGAUAUUUCUUCUAUCCCGGAGGCUGGCCCGGGAACCGCAGCAGAUAGUGCUUUUGAAAAAAAGGCCCAUGUUCCGAAUAAAGUCAGAAAGAAGCACGGCAAUAAUAAGUGGUGGCGCAUAAGCGACGACAAGAUCAGAGAGACGAAAACUGGGGACGUCCUUGGUAUGCAAAAGGAGGUCUAUUUGCUAUUUUAUGAAGAGCAGAAACCGGAAUAA